UUUCCAUCUUGACCGCAUCUGGUAGACUGAUAUUGCCUCUAUCCGCCAGCUGCCGCCAUUGUAACUACAUCGGGGUCAGUCUGCCCGACCUGCCGUGGCUUCAUCACACAUUCUCCGAGGCUUUCUCCCCGCACGGUACGAUUCGUAGCCGUAACCGCAACCUAGGCAAUACACUGUAGCUAGGACUGAUUUGUAGAAACCGUGCCUCACGCUUCCCUAUAUCAAGCAGCACCCCCCCGAGAUGUCUUCCGGACCUCCCGAACACAUCCCCCCACCACAACACCACGCAAGCUUUCACAAUGGCAUACACACCACCCUCCUCCGCCAAACCCUUCACCCUCCACAUUCCCGACCAAGACCUCUCAGAAUGGCGCCAACUCCUCCAACUCUCCAAGCUUGGCCCCAGGACCUUUGAAAACACACAGACCAAAGACAACUUCGGUGUCACAUACGACUGGCUCUCCUCGGCCAAAGACCACUGGCUGAACACCUACGACUGGCGUGCGCAAGAAGCUCACAUCAAUUCCUUUCCCAACUACAAAAUGGCCAUCGACGACAUCGACAUGCACUUCGUCGCGCUGUUCAGCCCGAAAAAGGAUGCCAUCCCGAUCCUCUUCUUGCACGGGUGGCCCGGCAGCUUCAUCGAGUUUUUGCCGCUGGUGGCGCAGCUGCAGAAGAAAUUCGAGGGGAAGGAACUGCCGUACCACAUCAUCGUGCCCAGUCUGCCGGGGUACACGCUGUCGUCUGGCGGGCCGCUGGAGCGCGAUUGGACGACGCUGGACUCGGCUGCGGUGAUGGAGAAGUUGAUGCGGGGUUUGGGGUUCGACAAGUACUUUGUGCAGGGCGGGGAUGUGGGGAGUUUUCUAUGCCGGAUCAUGGCGGCGCGGUAUGAAAGCGUUGUGGGCGUGCAUUUGAACCUAUACAGCACGGCCACACAGCCGGAGCGUGAGAAGCUGAGCAACAUCGAGAUCGAAGCGUAUGACCGCGCGCAAGCAUUCCAAAAGAUCGGCACCGCGUAUGCGCAGGAACACGCGACCCGCCCCUCCACGAUCGGCCACGUCCUCUCCUCCUCCCCCCUCGCCCUCCUCGCCUGGAUCGGCGAGAAAUUCAUCGAAUGGACCGACGAAACACCCCCCCUCGACGUCAUCCUCACAAACAUCUCGCUCUACUGGUUCACCGGCGGCUUCCCACGCAGCAUCUACCCUUACCGCACCCUCUUCCGCGGCGCCCGCGAGCCCCUGCCGCCCCUGACGAAGCCCACGGGCUUCUCGUUCUUCCCCAAGGAGCUGUUCCCUGGGAUCAAGUACAUCAUCGAGAACGAGACGAACCUUGUGAGUUUCGCGGCGCAUGAGCGCGGUGGGCACUUUGGGGCUUUGGAGAGGCCCGAGGAUUUGUGGGGCGAUGUGGAGGAGUUUGUUGCGAAGGUGACGGAGAAUGGUAGUAAGUUGUGAGGUUGCGGUGACAACGAGCAUCAUUUAGUCUAUGAAGAACGCCACUAGCCUGUCCAUGGUCUCGUAUACCAAGAUUUCGAACAACCAGAACGCUGAGCAGAGCUGCUAUCCAGUGCGUUUCAUUUUUUGCACCCCCCGGAACGCCCUCAAUGCAUGAUUCGCCUCCAACACCACGCUAAGCAAUUCCACCGUGACCUACUCAUCGGCCUCAUUG